AGAGUUUGAUUGAGUGACCCAAACCGAAUGACUCUAAUCUAAUCGGAAAUCGAAAAUCGAAAAUCGAAAAUCGAAAAAUACAGGAUUUAGGGCUGUUCGAAAUAAGGGGUGCGGCUUUCUAUCUUCUUCGGGGUUUUCACAACGUGAAUCCGAGCCGAUCUGUGAACUGCGCGAGCGAGCGAACGUAUUUUGGGCCUUUUGCAAUUAGAGGCGGCGGCUGGUUUGGCGUCCGUCGACGGUGCCUGCAACGGAGCCAGCGCUGAGCAGCGGCGGUGUGGGCACGAGUCUGGGAGUGCUCUGCGAAUGCUUGACUGGUAGUUCUGCGUGAAGACGGUGACAAAGUGCAGUGGACGGUAGGUGAAUAGGAGACUGAACUGCUAAUUAGGAGAAUUUCAAGCUCGUCCAUAUUUACGUUAGAGCUAAUAUUGGCAAGGAAUUGAUAGUGCGCACUGGCGAAUAAUUAAACUAAGCCACACCGUAUCUCUCUGUAAAGCGCUCUCUCUUUGUUUUUCUCUCUCUAGCUUCUUCUAUGGUGGGUAGGAACCCUAAUUCAGUUCUCUUCCCUCCCUGGCGGGGUAAACUUCUGAACUCAAUUACACUUUGCAUUUCAUGACCCGUUUCAUGGAAUCGGAAAAGCUCUUAAUUUCACGAGGAAACCCUAGAAAUUCUGUUUACCCAUCUGACCGCCCAAUCCCCACCACCAGCGGCAGGACUAUGCCCAAUGAGUUGCCACAAAAGCCUGCCCCUUCCAUAGCUCACCGGUUUAGAGCUCAGUUAAAGCAGCGGGAUGAUGAAUUUAGGGUUUCUGGCCAUGAUGUUGUGCCCCUUCCUACCGCUGAGGAUAUUGUGCAGUUGUAUGACCUCAUGUUGUCGGAGCUCACUUUUAAUUCGAAGCCCAUCAUUACGGAUCUCACUGUUCUUGCUGAUGAGCAGAGAGAACAUGGGAAGGGCAUUGCCGACUUAAUUUGUGCGCGGAUUCUCGAGGUUCCAGUUGACCAAAAACUUCCUUCAUUAUAUCUAUUAGACAGCAUUGUUAAGAAUGUUGGGCACGAGUACAUUAGUUAUUUCGCGUCUCGUUUACCUGAGGUGUUUUGCGAGGCUUACAGGCAAGUUCAUCCUAAUUUGCACAAUGCAAUGCGCCACCUCUUUGGGACUUGGGCAACUGUGUUUCCACCAUCCAUCAUUCGGAAGAUUGAAGCUCAACUUUCUCAGUUAACAGCCCAAGAGUCAUCAGGUUUGACAUCCUCAAGGGCUUCUGAAUCUCCUCGGCCAACUCAUGGUAUUCAUGUCAAUCCAAAAUACUUGCGACAGCUGGAACACUCAGUGGUGGAUAAACAUAGCCAAGAUUCAAGAGGGACCUCAGCUAUAAAAGUUCAUGAUAAAAAGCUUGCUUCUGGAUAUGAAGAGUAUGACUACGAUCAUGCGGAUGCUCUUGAACAUGGUGGACCUCAAGGAUUUCAUUCAAUGGGAAGCAUGGGCCAUGAUUCUUUUUCCCUUGGAACAAAUAAAGCAAAUAUAAAGCUAGCAAAAUCAUCUCUGUCUUCAAGAAUUGGACCCCAUAGACCUCUACAAUCAGUUGGUGAUGAACAUGAAACGGUCAGAGCCUCACCCUCGCAGAAUGUCUAUGAUUAUGAAGGUUCGAAGAUGAUUGAUAGAAAUGAGGAUACCAAUAAAUGGAGGAGAAAGCAAUAUCCUGACGAUAAUCUGAAUGGACUUGAAAGUACUUCUUCAUAUAAUAUUAGAAAUGGACAUGCACUUGAGGGACCAAGAGCUUUAAUCGAAGCAUAUGGAAGUGAUAAAGGAAAAGGUUAUUUAAAUGACAAUCCACCCCAAGCUGAACAUUUUUCUAUCAAUGUUAUAGACAACAAGGCAACUCCGGUAACAUGGCAGAACACUGAAGAAGAAGAGUUUGAUUGGGAAGAUAUGAGCCCCACAUUAGCUGAUAGAGGCCGAAAUAAUGAUAUGUUGAAACCACCUGUCCCACCUUCAAGAUUUAGGACAAGAUCAGGAUUUGAAAGAUCAAAUGCUAUGCCUAUAGAGCCAGGAAUGAGAAGCAAUUGGUCUAGUCCGGUUCGGCUACCGGGUAUUGAUUCCUCCAUAGUUAUUGAAGAUGUGGUCCAUUCAACACCUGAUAAUUGGAAUAUGCACAAUCACAUUUCUCAGACAUCUCAGAACCUCAUGAACAAUAAAGGACAGGGAAGAAAUUUCCAGAUGCCUAUGUUGGGGAGAGGCAUAACUUCCUCUGUUGGUGAGAAGAUGUCUCCUUAUGGUGACAAGCUUUUGACCAAUGAUGCUUUACAUAGGCCCACUAACAUUGCUUCGAGAUUGGGUUCUUCUGGUCUCGACUCUAGCAUGGAGUCGCAAUCAAUUGUACAAUCUAUGGGCCCAAGGCAUCCUCUGAAUCUUUCUAACUCUUGCCCACCCUCUAGACCUCCAAUUUUUCCUGUACCAAGACACAAUGCAAGUCAGUUUGAGUCUUUAAAUGGUAGCAAUUCUUUCAUGAAUUGUGCAAAUAGGACUUUUUUGCCUGAGCAGCAGAUGAAUAACUUGAGAAAUAAGGAGCUAAGUCUUACAACUAAGUCGCCACAAGUUGGCAACCAACAUACUGGGCAUAUUCCUUUAACUCGGGGAAACCAAUUGCAGGGCAUGCCUUUAAAACCGCAAUUUCUACCAUCUCAGGACAUGCAAGAUAAUUUUAGUGGAUCAGCAGUACCUCCAGUGUUACCACAUUUAAUGGCACCAUCUUUGAGUCAAGGAUACAUUUCACAAGGACAUCGCCCUGCUAUUAGUGAGGGUUUGUCAAGUUCUGCCCCUAUUGGACAAUGGAAUUUGUCUGUUCAUAAUAGCUCCAGUAACCCUUUGCAUUUACAAGGAGGGCCGCUGCCACCUCUUCCACCUGGGCCUCAUCCUACUUCUGGUCCGACUAUACCUAUCUCUCAAAAGGUUCCUGGACAGCAACCGGGAACUGCAAUUUCUGGGCUAAUAAGUUCUCUCAUGGCCCGGGGUUUAAUCUCAUUAAACAAUCAAGCUUCUGUACAGGAUUCUGUUGGGUUAGAAUUCAAUCCAGAUGUACUCAAGGUGCGACAUGAAUCUGCAAUCACUGCUCUAUAUGCUGAUCUUCCUCGACAAUGCAUGACCUGUGGUCUUCGAUUCAAGACCCAGGAAGAGCAUAGUAAUCAUAUGGAUUGGCAUGUCACUAAAAAUCGUAUGUCGAAAAGUAGGAAGCAAAAGCCUUCUCGCAAAUGGUUUGUAAGUAUUAGCAUGUGGCUUAGCGGUGCAGAGGCUUUAGGAACGGAGGCAGUUCCAGGAUUUUUGCCUGCUGAGGUUGUUGUAGAGAAAAAAGAUGAUGAAGAACUGGCUGUUCCUGCUGACGAGGAUCAGAAGACAUGUGCAUUAUGUGGAGAACCUUUCGAGGAUUUUUACAGUGAUGAAACAGAGGAGUGGAUGUAUCGGGGUGCUGUCUACAUGAAUGCACCUGAUGGACAAACAGCCGGCAUGGAUAUUUCUCAGUUAGGGCCCAUAGUGCAUGCUAAAUGCAGGACCGAAACUAAUGUGGUUCCCUCUGAAAGUUUUGACCAAGAUGAAGGGGGAGUUAGUGAAGAGGGUAAUCGAAGAAAACGAUUGCGGAGCUAGCCUAGAUGGAUUUCUUUACUCUCGUUGUAGCGUAUACAAGUUUUUUUCACAUGAUCUCUUGUUCUCACAGUAGUGUUAGCUAGAAUUUACUUGGAUUAUGCUUGAAGCAUUGUAUAUUUAAAAAUGGAAAUUUUCAUGCGCAAUAUAUUGCAAUCUAAAAGAGGCUAACCCUCAAUCUCAUCUUCUUUGCUGUGGAAUUUCAGUUUUACAUCUAAAAUCCUUUAUCUUUAAGGGUUGGUAUGUACGUUGGAAUGAAAUGUUUUAGUUUGCAAACGUCUUGUAGGCUUUCGUAUAGAUGAAUAAUGAGUCGGAAUCGUAGUCGUAAUUGUAGCAUUGUAGCUGCUUGUUGCAUCCAUGCUGUGUUUGACUUAACAUCUGCAGGGGAUUGAAUGGAGCGUGUAGUUGCUGCUUAUCAGAUCUUGCUCGAUGUUUAUCCCAUUCAAACUGAAGCCCCAAGUUACACGAUGGACCAUCCACAGCAUCUUCUUUGUUUUUGUUUUUGUUUUUUAUAAUGAAUUUGAGUUCUCUUUGUAUUAGUGCCGUUUUUGUUGUGUCCUUUGUUUUUCUGGGUUCAAAUUGCUAUGAAGUUGGAUCGAGCUUGUACUCUGACAAUUCGUGAACAAUACAGUAUGUUGAAUGUUCAGAUUCGCUAAAUUUGCAAGGACUUGGUUUUGUUUAA